ACUGCCAGUUGAAUCCCCAUUAAACAUUUUAUAAAUAUACAUGCUAGGGUUAGGGUUCCUCAUCAAAUCCACACACAAUUUUUUAUUUGUGGUUUCCUUCUAUUUUAGUUCCCAGAUAUAUAACUGGUUCUGGAUGAAAUCCAAAAGAUCAAUUGGGGUUUCUGAAUAGGGAUGAAGAAACGUCAAGUAGUGGUGAAAACUGGAAAGAGUUCAUCUUCAGUGGUGAGGAACGUUAGAUAUUUUGAGUGCCAAAAGAAUCAUGCGGCGAAUAUUGGUGGAUACGCCGUAGAUGGCUGCCGGGAAUUCAUGGCCGGCGGGGAGGAGGGAACCGGUAGUGCUCUAAUGUGCGCCGCCUGCGGCUGCCACAGGAACUUCCACAGAAAGGAGGUGCAAAAUGAAGUGGUAUGUGAGUAUACUCCACCUAUUGAUUCUAAUGCUUGACAGUUUUAUAACACAGAAAUAUGAGAAUACAAGAUGUAAUUGCCAUAGAUUCUUCUUGUUCUUAUGAAAAAGAAAUUCAACACCGUUGAAAGAAAAAGGGGAAAGAAAAGAUUAUCAUCUCAAAUGUAAUUUUUAAAGUGUGUUUUUCUGAUGUGGUUGAAUUUAUAUGUAAAUUACUUCCAACUUCAAGGAUUGUGUAAUUGAGGAAUCUGGUAUCGAUCCCUUUUCUUUAUUUUUCUUUUUCUGAAUUAUAUACGGUAGUUUAGGGAAAUAGAGCAAGUGAAAAGAGGAAGACCAAUUACCAAGGUUAAUUAAGGAUAUGUGUAUCUAUGUAUGCGUGUUUCAUUUGUAUACAAAGUUUUAGGAAUUGAAAUUAUGGUAUGGAGAUACGUGUAUUGGCUGCUACAUAAUGCUUGUAAAGUGAGUAAUCAAAGUUUGAAUGUCAG